CGGUUCAUGAUAAAGCCUUGGAAUAUCAAAUAAGGCAACAAUUGGUUUCUCCAUUGCAUGUGGAGGUUGAACCAGAUAACCAUGAAGUUCAUUUCAGAACGAAUCUUAUUUAUCAAAUGCGUAUUGUUGAGCAGCCUAAUAAUUCUCUUUUGCUAACAAAUUAUGCUCAGUUUCUUCACCUUGUUGUCAAGGACUAUGACAGGGCAGAAGAGUACUUCAAACGUGCUAUUGAGGUGGAACCUCAAGACGCCGAGGCAUUGGGACUGUAUGCUGAUUUCUUAUGGAAAGUGAGAAAGGAUCAGUGGGGAGCUGAAGAAAUGUACAUACAAGCUGUCGAGGCUGACACCAAAAACCCUUUUCAAGUAUCAAAAUAUGCAAAUUUCUUAUGGAGCACUGGUGGCGAAGGCACUUGUUUUGUAUUUGAUGAAUCAAAAGAGUAAUAAAUAGUUUCUUGAAAGUAGAUAUAACUACCUCCUUCUAGUGGAUAUUACUUAAUGCUUUGGACAUAUUUAGAAGUUCCAGUGUUAGUAAAAUUUUCUAUUAGUGUAGUAUUU